GCGAUUUCGAAGCAAACACUUGGGAGGGGGGCCUGAGACUUUGUUUCUGGGCGCGAAGCUCCCCGGCGCCCGCGUGUGUCACCGCCAGUCUCCGGGGACCGAGGCGGAGCUCACAACAGGUGGGGAGGGGGACUAGCCGAGGGCCAAAAAGAAGAAGGAAUCAAAGUUUCCGAGCGCGGCCGUAUCUGGGGAGGAGGGGGGCGGGAGGCGGAGGCGAGGGGAGGCGGAGGCAGCGAAUGACCGCGACCCCGCGGCAACUGGCAAACUCCUCCGGCUCCCGGCGCCGCCACCGCGGUCCCCACCCGAAGCGCACACCCGACCGGCUCGCCGGCUGGCUCAGCUGAAUCCUCUCCGCGGGGCAGGAAUGGAGCGCGGGGAGCCCGGGAGGAUGGCGGCGCGCAGCAGAGGAAUGGAGGGCCAUCGGCCGCCGAGACAGGGCCGAAGGGUCUCGGCGACUCGCGCACGUCUCAGGACAUAUCGGGACUUGGGAAAUCCCCCCUGUUCCCCAGGCUUAAGAGGGACGUACACCCCGAAAGUGCGUGUGGUGCCGCGGAGAGGAAUCCGGGCGCGGCGACUCCCCGCAGCGCACCCGGUUCGCACUCCCACCCGCCGAGCUGGCCACGGCGGCCUCGGAUCCCUCGCGGGGAGGCUGGGUUCGCCGGGCCGAGCGCGCGAGGGGUGGUCGGAAACAAGGCAGGAGGCGGCUUGGGAAAAAGUGGAGCAGAAAUGGAAAAAUACAAACUCACCCGCUGCAAAUGGUCUCUCGGUGCAAACUAAGGUGUUUUCGGGCCUUUCCCCGCGCGCGCCCACUCCCGCCCGCGCGCGCACCCCCGCGCACACACUCACUCGCGCACACACGCGCGCACACACACGCACUCCCGGGCGAGGGCCGGGCCGCCGCGAGUACAGCAUGCAACCGCCACACAAUAAAUAACAAUAGAUUCCUCCGCUCCGGACUAGCUUCCCGGAGCCCAGCCAGCGCCGGCGGCGGCGGCGGCGGCAGAGGCGCGGACGACGUCGGGCCGGGGGCGCUACCCCGCCCGCCCCCUGGGCUGCGGCCGGGGCCCCUUCUCCAUCUUACGCACCCCCAAGCCACCACCGGAGCGCGAGCCGGCUCGCCCCCCCUUCUCCGAGCCACUCGGGCGCUGGCACCCACCCCCCUCCCCCGGCCUCCCGGAACAAAUAAAUAAAUAAGGC